UAUACUAUAUUCCACUAGUAUGGAGAUUUUGAACUCUUUAUAAUGCGUUCCACACAAACACAUUGCUACUGUGUAUUGGAAACAAUGGCUGUCCAACACUCCCUUGAAGUCUCCAAUGGUUCCUGCAACGACGACGAGGACCAUCUGAUCAGAACUGGAACGAUAUGGACCUGCAUCGCUCAUAUAAUAACGGCGGUCAUUGGAUCUGGUGUGCUGUCGCUCGCAUGGAGCACGGCGCAGUUGGGCUGGAUCGCGGGUCCGGUCUCGAUGCUUUGCUUUGCCAUGGUCACCUAUGUCUCUUCCUUCCUCCUCUCAGACUGUCACCGGUCGCCAGAUCCUGUAACCGGAGCACGGAAUUACACUUACAUGGAUGCUGUUAGGGUGAACCUUGGUAGAAAGCAGACAUGGGUCUGUGGGUUGCUACAGUAUCUGAGCAUGUUUGGGACUGGUAUUGCUUAUACAAUCACUACUUCAACUAGCAUGAGGGCUAUCCAGAAAUCAAAUUGCUACCAUAAGAGGGGGCAUCAAGCAUCAUGUUCAUAUGGAGAUGGUUUUUAUAUGCUGCUGUUUGGAGGGGUUCAGAUUGUAUUUUCUCAGAUUCCUGAUUUUCAUAACAUGGAAUGGCUGUCUAUUGUGGCAGCCAUCAUGUCCUUUUCCUACUCUUCCAUUGGCUUUGCGCUUGGGCUUGCCAAAGUCAUAGGAAACGGAAUGAUCAAAGGUACUAUUGCCGGAGUUCCAGAGUCGACAUCAACUGAAAAAUUGUGGAAAGUCUCUCAAGCACUUGGAGACAUCGCAUUCGCCUAUCCAUACUCCAUAAUUCUUAUUGAAAUACAGAAUACUCUGAAGUCACCACCCCCCGAAAACAAGACCAUGAAGAAGGCGUCAAUGAUCGCAAUUUUCAUCACUACCUUCUUCUACCUAUGCUGUGGAUGCUUCGGAUAUGCAGCCUUUGGGAACAACACACCCGGGAACCUCUUGACAGGGUUUGGAUUCUACGAACCAUAUUGGCUCAUCGACUUUGCUAAUGCUUGCAUUGUUCUUCAUUUGGUGGGAGGAUAUCAGAUGUUCAGCCAGCCAGUGUUUGCAUUUGUGGAGAAAUGGCUUGCACAAAAGUACCCAAACAGUGGCUUUGUGAACGAUCUCUACAAAGUCCAAAUCCCAUACCUACAACCAUACCAAACCAACCUCCUUAGGAUAUGCUUUAGAACAGCUUAUGUUGUCUCAACCACAAGCGUUGCAAUGCUCUUCCCUUACUUCAAUCAACUGUUGGGAUUCUUGGGAGCCUUCAAUUUCUGGCCACUGGCCAUCUAUUUCCCUGUGAAGAUGUACUUUGUGCAAAGAAAGAUUGGGCCAUGGACUAGGAAAUGGGUGGUCCUACAGACUUAUAGCCUUGUGUGCUUGCUUGUGGGUGCGGUGGCCUUGGUGGGGUCCCUUGAAGGGCUUAUUAGUAAGAAGCUAAGCUAAAGAUUAGGUGGUCUUCUUAUUUCAUUUUUUUUUUCAUUAACCAAUGAGAGAAAAUGGAGUUUUUAGUUUUCAGUUUUUUUCUUUAAACAUUAAGAGAUGGAUUUUAAAAAAUCGUGGGGUUUUAAUUUGCAAAUAGAAUGCGAUUAGUCACUCAUUAUUUUGGCUAGUGGCAGAUGUAAAGGGAUUGUUGCUUGAGGCCUGUAUUGGGAAGGUUUGGACAUAAACGAUUUGUAGUUUUAUUUCUUGUAAUUGGAAUAUUGUAAAAUGGGAUUUUGUGGUAAGAUAAUUGUAUUUAAAUCCUCGCUUACUAGAUGAGUUUUGUGUUAAUUGUAAAAAAAACCAUUUGGUAUAAAUUUGAAAGAAAUAGUUAAGAA